AUGGCCGCGCAGACGGCGAACUUGCGCCCACUCGCGCGGACGAUGUCGACAGCGCUGACAACCCUUCGCACGACUACAUACCGCGCUCCUGUCAAUCGUUCAGCCAUCACCCUGCCGUGCUAUAUGCGCUCAACGCUCGUGCCCCGUAUCCAGAGUCGACACAGCUCAUACCAUUCGCCUGAACCAGUCACCAAUGCACCCAACGCACGCAAAAAGGUCACCAUGGUGACGCUGCGCAAUCUUUACAGAAAAGGCGAACCCAUCGCUAUGAUUACCGCUCAUGACUUCCCAAGUGCCCGGGCUGCAGACGAAUCGGGCAUGGAUAUGGUGCUGGUGGGGGACAGUCUGGGUAUGGUGGCCAUGGGAUUGGAAAACACCACCGAAGUCAUCAUGGAGGAAAUGCUAUUACAUUGUAGAAGCGUGGCUCGUGGAGCAAAGGCCGCCUUCCUUAUCGGAGAUCUUCCAAUGGGCUCGUAUGAGGUCAGCCCUGAGCAGGCUGUACAAUCAUCCUUGCGAUUCAUCAAGGAGGGUCGCGUGCAUGGCGUCAAGAUUGAGGGAGGCGAAGAAUUGGCUCCCACGGUCAAGCGUAUUACCCAGGCAGGAAUUCCUGUGGUCGGUCACAUCGGUCUCACUCCACAAAGGCAAAAUGCCCUGGGUGGGUUCCGAGUCCAAGGAAAAACUUCUGCCGGUGCAGUGCAGCUGCUCAAAGACGCGUUGGCUCUGCAAGAGGCGGGAGCGUUUAUGCUUGUUCUGGAGGCUAUGCCGCCCGAGGUGGCGACCCUUAUCACCUCGAAGCUGCAGAUUCCCACCAUUGGCAUUGGAGCUGGGAAUGGCUGCUCGGGGCAGGUUCUCGUCCAAGUUGACAUGACCGGUAACUUCCCCCAGUUUGUCAAGAGAUAUGCCGAUGUGUGGAGUGAGGCGACUCGAGGCAUGCAGCAGUAUCGUGAAGAGGUGAAGAGUCGCCAAUUCCCCUCACCGGAAUACACCUACCCCAUCACAAAAGAAGAACUCUCAAAAUUCCAGGAGACCGUUGAUCAGACAUAUGAGAGGUUACGGACUGGUCGCGAAUGA